AUGUCUACCGACUGGUCUAUUGCCUUUAAGCCAAUUCUCGACCUUCACUCUAAGGCCAUUUUUGCUGCAGGUUCCUCAUCUGUUGGAAAGCCUGUGGUGAGGAAGAUUCGGAGGGCCAUACUAGCUGCUCAAGACGAGCAAGAGGAACCCAUUGCCUUGCCUACUUCCUUGAAAAAGGCAAUAAAAGAAUACUAUGCCAAAAGUCUCAAAGACAAGGAAGAGGCAGACGAACGUGAGGCAGCGAGUCGCCCAAGAGAACCAUCUUUCUAUAAGAAACCCCUGUCUGAGUGGGACGUAGCACAGAAAUUAUUUAAGCAGGAGAUCGACUCAUAUGACAAGGCCCAACAACAGAGUAAAGGCUUGGAGUAUUCAAUCAAGUACCGCACUGGGAAUGCCAGGGAGUGGUUCAACAACAUGACACCUUCACAACAGCAGGAGGUCAAGUUUGCCAUGAAGAAAUGGAAUGAGGAGGGGGCGCCAGAAGAAACUCAGGCAAUAUAUCGUAAGAAUAACCUCAAGAAAACUCUGGAAGAUUUUGCAGAGCAAAUUCGGCGCACCAUGGGUUGUCGCAUAGUAAUGCUUGUUAAUCAUAAGAAAAAAGCUAGUCAGACAUUGUCCGUCAGUCUACACGAAACUAUGCCUCAGAAUGCCAAGAAAAAAUUUUCUGUGAGCUCGAGUGGUAUCAAGGAGUGGGCUGCAAAUGGAUUUGAAUCCUUUGGAGAAUGGUCUAAGACUGAAUUUUACCCUUCAGAGGAUUCAGACCAUGCGGCUUCAGACUGUGAGGAUGGACCUGUCUUACCUGAAAUCAUAGUAGAUGAUGAGGGGUAUGCAAAACUUCCUCUUCGUGAUGGUAUUGGCCUCAAGGGCCAACAUGAAUUGAUUAGAAGUAUCUUUCAUACUUCAUACAAAGUCUGCACAGGUGGCUCUAGACCUGUACCUUGGGGCGUGAUAACUGCCAGCCCGUCCAAUUAUUUGGAACCUGGUUCAGUUCCCACAGGAUUUGUGGUCAAAGACCCUUCUCAUAUGAAGACAGAGGAGCUAGUUGUCUUUAUUAAGGCCAAGGAUGCUGAUAUUCGGGUCACUGGGAAGUCCAAGACGAAAGUAGUGAGCACCCUAGACUUAGAUGAAGAAGAUCAAGGCCGGCCGGCUCCAUUUGCCUCUCAUUUCACAGAACGUACAACACAGCCGGCCGCUCAUGAGACAACACCAGAUGAUGUUGCCAUCAAUGACCGAUACACAUUUUUAGAAACCCUUAGCAAGAAUGAAAACUACUUGGAGCUUGUGGACGCCACUAGGGACCUGGCAAUAUUAGCCAAACAGAAUCCAAUUUCAGAGCGACACCAAGAUUUGCCUACCUGGGCUGACUGGUCUUGGAGCGAAAAUUAUCUUUCCGAGGACAUUCACACCUCAUAUGCGACAUUGAUGGCUAGCUUAAACAAGCUACAGACCUGUCCAAUCUCAGGGCCAUCAUCGGCAAUGCCAGUAAUACUAGGAAUUGGGCUCCUCUAUAGGGAGUCUAAGCGUGUGAUAGAGUAUGAGGAAGACGAGGCUGAUCCCAAUACCCCUUUCUACCUACCUCAUUCUGCUAUUGAUCUACAGUUCUUGGUCGCUCUGGAUGAGGCUGUCCGGGAAGUCUUAUUCUCAGUUGUUGGUCAGAUUGAGAGGCUGAACAAAGAGGGACUCAGUGACGAGGUUGAGGAUGAGGAGAUGAGGAUGGUGGUAGAGAAGGAAAGGCAUGAGGUUGAGGAGAAGGAUGUUGAGUCAGAGGAGAAUGUAGUUGGGGGAGAAGAACAGCAGGACGAACUUCUGUUGGACAAGCCGGUCCUUGCUGUAGUUGAUGCUACACCACGUCCAGUUCGUCAGCCAAUCAUCAUCCCCCAGCGCCGAGUGCCUCAUGGUUUUUUUGACGACAUACCACAUCGGGCUCACCACGCAUCGCAUCCAAGCACCCUUCGUGACCGACUUUCCUCUUUAUUCCACACCGACGCCCACGAUACGUCUUCACGACCCCGCCCUUUCCACUGGGUUCGAAGUCGUCUCUCUGGGAGACCAACCGGUGAAGACAUCGGGCUUCACGGGCAUCCCUCAGCAGUAGUCGAUGUUCCGUAUGCUAAGGGCAAACGUAGGAAUGCAUCGGCAAGAGAAAGACGGAUGAAAAUACCUCCGUUGAAACCUGGGAACACUGCCGCAAGCACCUCACGUCCUCCCAACAGCAAUACCACACAACACUCUAAUAGCGCGUCUCAAGCCCAGUCUUCGCAAGCACAGGCUGCUGUCUCCCCUUCCACCGCACCUCCCGCCGUCACUCAUACAUUUUCAAGCGCUAAUCCUCAUGUAACAAUAAGACAUGCUGGACGCUGGACUCGCUUCUGGCUUCUUAUUUGUUGCACCUCUACUGAGUAUACCCAUGAUCAUCAGUAAUGUAU